AAAAAAAGAAAUGGUUAAAUUUAAUAAAUUUAUAAUAUUAGUAUUAUUGGUAUUAAUAUGUAGUUUUGUUUCAAAAUCUUUUUCACAAGAAAAUGAUUCAGAAGAAUUCGAACAAAAUGAAAUAAAUAUCGAUGGUGGAAGUGAAGCACCACAAGAUACCUCGAUGGAAACAGAACAAGUUAAGGUUAUUAGAAAACCAAAUAAUUAUUUACUCGAAAUUGUUUUCAUUUCAAUUAUUAUUGCAUACGCAGUAAACUAUUUCGUUGGUCAAAACACAAAUCGUGAAUUAAUCAAGUUAUGGGGUAAAAAAUUACAACCAGUAUUUGACAGUAAUUUCGCUAAAACAGGUAACAAAGGAACAUUCACAAUUCUCAAAGUUAACGCAUCUACCUAUUCUUUCCUUUGCACCGGUCGUAUCAACUGUUUUGGUCUUCAAGCAACUUUAGAUCUUAAAAAGAGACACGAUUUAUUCUCUGUAAUUAUGGAUUUAGUUGGUUAUGGUAAUCCAGAUCGUAUGACCAUUGAAAUUGCAAUUAAUAAAGAAAAUAUGGAUCCUUUAGUUUUUGCUUUAGUUAAAUCAAAAGCAAUCAAGAAAUUCAAAUCUGAUAACAAUGAUGUUGAUUUAUUCUGUUCAAAAUAUACAGGUUCAGGUAUUAGCGGAUUAGCCUCAAGCUUUGGUGUAUUAUGCGAUACUGAAGUUCUUCCAUCAUUAUUAUUAAAGAGUGAAGCACUUCAAGUUAUUAAUCAAAAUGAAAAUCUUGUUGAAUGUAUGCAUUUCUCUGAUCACAGUUUAAUAAAUCCAAAAUAUCCAAAAGCUUUAAGAUUUGUUUUCAAAUUCCCAAAACAAUCAGAAAUGGAUAAAUUGGCUCUCUUAACUAAAAUGGCUAUUCACUAUAUCGAUGUUGUUGCAAAUCUCGAAUUACCAAAAAAUUAUAAAGCAAAAGCAGAUAAAUUAAGAGAUAAAGCCAAAGAAGAAAUCGAAAAACAAGCCAAAUUAGAAAGACAAGAAGAAUUACAAAAAAAGAAAUAUGAAAAGAAAUUAAAAGAAAAGGAAGCAAUCUCAAAAUUAACUCCAGAACAACAAAGAAAGAGAGAUGAAAAAGAAUAUAAACAACAAUUAAAGAAGAGAACUGGUGCUGGUGGUAAAACCAAAAUUGUUUUAGGUUAA